AUGUCGGAGUACAAGGUGGAGUAUGAUUCGGAGCUGGAUUCCUUCCAGCUCUACCACCGCUACGAAGAACCCCAACCGAACCUCGACUGGAAGCGCGCCGCUCUCAGCGGGCCCGCACUUCCAGCGCUGGGCAAUGCCGUCGCUGGAGCAGUCGGCUCCGCACUCUCCAACGUCGCGACAUAUCCGUUGAGUUUGAUCGUUGCGCGCUUACAAACGCAGAAGGUCAGAAGGGGUACAAAGUCGGAGGAAUCUGAGUCGGACGUCGAAUAUACCAGCGUCCUCGACGCAGCACGCAAAAUCUACGCCGAGGAAGGAAUCGCCAGUUUCUACACGGGUCUAGCACAGGAUACGAUAAAGUCCGUUGCGGAUUCGUUUCUCUUCUUCCUUGCGUACGAGUUCUUUCGUCAGCGGAGGAUACGCGCCCGGUUUGGGAAUACGCGCCGCAGCAAACAUACUGUUUUACCGGUGCUGGAUGAGUUAGCGGUGGGGGUUUUGGCGGGGGCGUUCGCCAAGUUGUUUACGACGCCGUUGGCGAAUAUUGUGACGAGGAAGCAGACGGCUAAGGAUGUUGGUGGUGGGAGUACGAAGGAGAUUGCGGCGCGGAUUAGGGCUGAGAAGGGACUACGGGGGUUCUGGUCGGGGUAUUCGGCUUCGUUGAUACUCACGCUGAACCCGUCGAUUACGUUCUUUCUGAAUGCUGUGUUGAAGUAUGCGUUGUUGCCGAGGAGUCAGCGACAGAAGAGACCGUCUGCUGUGGCGACGUUCUUCUUGGCGGCUGUUAGCAAGUCGAUUGCUUCGUCGGUGACUUAUCCGUUUUCGAUGGCGAAGACGCGGGCGCAAGUUGCGGGGAGUCGGAUUACGGUGGGAGCUGAUGGGGAAAAGAAGGAGGAUGAAGGGGUGUCGUUGAUGCCGGCGAUUGUUAAUAAUGUGGCUGCGAUUGCGCGCACUGAGGGUGUUGCUGCGCUGUAUGCUGGACUUCCUGGGGAGGUGCUCAAGGGGUUCUUUUCACAUGGGUUUACGAUGCUGGCGAAGGAUGCGGUGUAUUCGGCUAUUGUGAAGAGUUAUUAUCUGCUGCUCAUUGCGCUUCGGAGGUAUCCGACCCCGGAGGAACUGCUUCAGCGGGCUCGCGAACAGGCGGAGGAGCUUGCUGAUGCUGCUCGUGAGGGUGCUCGUGAUUUGGCCGAGAGAACACGGAGUGGCACGGAAGAAGUCCUGAGUCACCAGGCUGGGGGUGUGACGGUGGAUAUGACUUCCAGUGAUUUGGCGGAUUCGAACGAAACGGCGGAGAUGGUGGGAGAUUAUGUCGAGGAUGAUGGUAGUGCGAAGAGUCUGUAUCAUUGGUUUUGGGAGAAGGAGGGAUAUGGCAAGGACUGA